UGUGCUGCCUGCCCGGAGAGUUGUCAGGCUUUUGGUUGUGGAGUAUCCGAGCGGGCAGCAAGGGCGGCUACGUCUGUACAAUGCCGAAUAAACCCAAAAAAGACAAGGAGUCCGCUAAGUCCGGCAAAGUGGGGAAGGGCGGAGGACAGGAGAACAUCGAGCAUGAGAGCUCCAACAGGAAGACCAGUAACAGUGUCCCUCCCACCACUCAGCUGCUGAAGGGGAAGCAGCCGGGUUCCCAGACGCCUGUCAAAAAGGACAAGAGGCAAAGCUCCUCCCGCUUCAGCCUGACCAACAGCAGGGAGCUGCAGAAACUCCCCGCUUUCAAAGACGUCCCCCCAGCAGAGCAGGAGAAGCUGUUCAUCCAGAAGCUGCGUCAGUGCUGCGUGCUCUUUGAUUUCGUCUCGGACCCCCUGAGCGACCUGAAAUGGAAGGAGGUGAAACGAGCCGCUCUGAGCGAGAUGGUGGAGUACAUCACCCACAACAGGAACGUCAUCACAGAGCCCAUCUACCCAGAGGUGGUUCACAUGUUCGCGGUGAACAUGUUUAGGACGUUGCCGCCUUCAUCCAACCCCACCGGCGCCGAGUUUGACCCGGAAGAGGAUGAGCCCACGCUAGAGGCAGCAUGGCCGCAUCUACAGCUUGUCUACGAAUUUUUCCUACGCUUUCUGGAGUCACCAGACUUCCAACCCAACAUUGCCAAAAAGUAUAUUGACCAGAAGUUUGUAAUGCAGCUCUUAGAACUAUUUGACAGUGAGGAUCCCAGAGAACGAGAUUUUUUAAAGACCACUCUGCAUCGUAUCUAUGGCAAGUUCCUGGGUCUGCGAGCGUACAUUAGGAAACAGAUAAAUAACAUAUUUUAUACGUUCAUUUAUGAGACCGAGCGCCAUAAUGGAAUAGCAGAACUACUGGAAAUACUCGGGAGCAUCAUCAACGGAUUUGCUUUGCCUCUGAAAGAAGAGCACAAAAUCUUUCUACUCAAAGUCCUUCUGCCUUUACACAAAGUCAAGUCUCUGAGUGUAUAUCACCCGCAGCUGGCCUACUGUGUGGUUCAGUUCUUGGAGAAGGAUAGCACCCUGACGGAGCCGACUGUUAUGGCGUUGUUAAAAUAUUGGCCAAAGACCCACAGUCCAAAGGAGGUGAUGUUCCUGAAUGAGCUGGAGGAGAUACUGGAUGUAAUCGAGCCCUCUGAGUUCGUCAAAGUCAUGGAGCCACUUUUCAGACAGCUCGCCAAGUGUGUGUCCAGUCCACACUUCCAGGUGGCCGAGCGCGCUCUGUACUACUGGAACAACGAGUACAUCAUGAGCCUGAUCAGCGACAACGCCACCAAGAUCCUGCCCAUCAUGUUUCCAGCCCUUUACCGCAACUCCAAGACCCACUGGAACAAGACAAUCCACGGUUUGAUCUAUAACGCUCUGAAACUCUUCAUGGAGAUGAAUCAGAAGCUGUUUGACGACUGCACCCAGCAGUUCAAAGCGGAGAAGAGCAAAGAGAAAAGCAAAUGGAAGGAGAGAGAAGAUGCUUGGCUGAAGAUAGAGAAUCUUGCAAAGUCCAGCCCACAGUUUUUGGUGUACAUUGACCCUCCAGGAUCAGGCGGUCCGAUGGAGAUGGAGACAGAUGUGCCUGUGAUAGAAGAUGUCAGUGUGUUAAAGAAAGCAGUAGAGGAGGGAGCCACACAGGUCCUAAAAGAGCAGCGCAGAGAACGGCCUUUAGUGAGGAGGAAAUCGGAGCUUCCAAAAGACAUCUCCACCGUCACAGCGCUGGAGUUACACCGAAGAGCCGAGGAAAUGUUGACGACGCACGACGCCCCCUAAGAGACCAUCCUUUAAAACGAGAAUUUUGUCUAAGAAAAACGAACAAACAAAAAAAACCGCACCACAGCAGCAUCCACAGAGGAACCACAGGCCCACGGAGGGCCAGCACAACAACAGAACUCUGGUAUCUCAGUGCACAGCGCAGAACAGAACAGAACAGGCCAGGGAAAAAACGUCUAAAGUCAAAGCUACACGUUUAAGGAAGCUUUUUAAGGACAAGUGGUGCUCGUCCUCCCUCACUUCCCAAACUCCUCCGUCUCCUGGUAUCAGAGACGGCUGCAGUGCUGGACGCAUGGCCACCAAGUCCUGAUAUUUACCUACUUUUCCCCCAGAAACGAAACAAACAAAAGAGCGUAAGGUGUCCUCCUCCCUAGUUUUUCUGUCCCACCAGCUUGUUUUUUCGGGGUACUGUGCUGCCCUCUUCUGGUCAUUCUUCUCAGGUGUUCCAUUCAGCGUGUGACCUGUCUGAUCUUCUUGCCUCUUAUCUAUAGAUGUCAGGUGCUUGUUAAAACAAUACGAGCUUUUAGCUGUGUUAGGUCAAAAAAAAAAAGGAGGGGGAAAAAAAACAAUUUGGUGAAGCAAGUCAGCUGUUUCUACAUAUAUAUUUAAUAUUAGCUAUUUUUCUCAUGACAUUUAAACAAAGCAGCUGUUUAUAUUUCUCCUUACAUAGUAUGAGGAGCUUGUCUCUAAUGAAAAAAAAAAAAGGAAACACUUCUUUAAAGCGCGGCCAUUUUGUCGGUUGCCAUGGUGUUUUUCAUGCUAUCAAUCGUUUUUUCACGACAAAGACCCCCAGACCGACCUGGGCUCAGUCAUUACGCCACAGUUGAAUUUGUCCAGAUUAAAUUUUUUAAUUUUUCCUAUUUCACAUGCGAAUGAAGAAGUCCAUUUCGGUGCCAACUUCUUCCAUUCCCCACUUCUCCUGAAGGUGAAGUUAGCACGGGGCGAGGCUCAGACAGCCCAGCCCGGUCUGCUGCACCCGUUACUGGAGAGGAGGGUUUCAUUUUAGGUCGUCCAUUUGCACCCAUUCCGAACAAGUCUUCGUCAUCGUGGCGAGGCUUUUAUGAGAGGCCGAGGAGAUGGCGCGUUUAUGCGGCAUCGACGCAUCGAAUCAAGCGGAAACUUUGCAGAUCGGCUGGAUUUCUGCUACAAAACUCUCGCCAGAAGCUGGCAGAGGUAUGAUUUGGUUCCAAGCCUUUCUUUUCACAGUGCCUUUUGUCAUCGAAUGGGAUGUUCGCUGCAGACGGAGCGUCGACGCGUAGCUGACAUGCUAGCUCACUGGAGAAUUUGCACCAUUAGGUUUCUAAAAGAGGAUCCGACGUGUUCCAGCGGAGCACCUUCACGCUGCUUGGCCCCCCAGCACCUGCCCUGCUGAAGCCCCGUAGCCGAGAACGCAGGUGGUGCGCUCUUCCCUCCCCCUCCCCUCCCCAAACAAGCCACUUCAGCGAAUUAAGCACUUCCUGAUAAAACUUGAAAGAAAAUGGAAACAUAAAAAAAAAAAAGUAGUGCAGAGCCGAAAUCCGUAAUGCUGUCCGUCUUGGCGUGAAGGGGGCCCCGGGCCCCGCGGUGCCUGUCACGAAGAGCUCGCCUCCCAUCACAACUCUUCCUUUACCGUCCCAUUCCACCUCGGAUCUGUUAGUAUCAUUUCCGCUCAGACCUGCGCUCCCCUUCCUCAGCAAGGAAACAAACAAACAAAAAAAAAAAAAAGAAAAGAGAGAAACGAACAGGAGGAUGUGCUUCUGGAUGCUCGCCGGUUCAUUUUGUUGUGGUUUUACUCCUCCUUUGCCUGCGGAACCGUGUCAGUGUUUCAACUGAAUGUGCAAACUGUAAAUUAUACUGAAAGUCACACUGUUCUGUUUCUUUCCACGUUUGUCCUGAACAGCAGUCGCCACAGGGCGCGCGCCGACGCCUCUCCAGCACCGUCCGCUCCGACUCUAGCGCUGGGUUCACGGAGCGCAGGGCGAUCGGUCUGGUUGUGCUGCCGCAGCGCAGCGUCGCCGCCCUGCUGGUGACUUGUGGUCUUAAAAUGGCUUUAAUACCGGCUUCUUUGGAGCUCUUUUCAUUUUACCAUAAGCUUUGUUUUUUUUCUCUCUCUCUCUCUCUUUAAAAAGAUUUUUUUAUUGCAAGUGUCCUUUAGUAUUUGUUAUACUAAAUGGCUUCAUUGUACAUAUAAUGUACUUUUAUGUUAUAUCUAUUAUUAGAUGGUAGAUUUCAUAUUUUGUACAAACUACCCUGUGUACAGAAUUCAGAGGUUCUUAGCAACUGCAGACGGUUGGUAUGUGGCACAAAGUUCAACACGUUUAACUACUUUCAGCUAGAAAGCAACUAGAGUUGGAAAAGUUUUAUCUUUGUAACUCAACAUCUUUUCCGUUUUGAUUUAUAUACCGGUAUAUUUUUUUUUCUUUCCACAUCCAGACAUGUUUUGCUCUUUGCAUAAAUUAGUUUUUUUUUUUUUGUGCUUACUUUUCUGCAAAAACUGCAGUGGUGUAUGUCUAUCUAUAUACAGCAAAUAAAGAGAACGUGAGUUUUAUAUUUUCAUCCUA